GCUGCACUCGUGCAGACUGUUAUCGAAGCCGUUAAGCACUUCUGGAAUCGCUUGGACCAGAAGAAUGUCCCCAAGCUCUUCGUCACCUCCGUGGACAUGUCAGACCAGGGCAUCAACCUGGAUCCGGGCAAGCACGAGUUCAUUGAGAUGCUGUUCAU